CGCGAGCUUGAUGAAAGCUCCCCGCAAUUGUCCAGAUCGCAGCUUCAAACAGAUGACACCUUACACAGCUCCGUCAUGUUCAGCCUACCCAGAAUUCAACUACCGUCAUUCCUCACCGGAGGCAGCGGAAGCCACCGAUCUAUCGACCUUCCAUCCAUCGAGGUCCACGAUAUCGAAACCGCCGCCGAAAAACGUUCGCGAACCCUAAAGCAUCUGAUCAAAGCGAACCAUGCCAAUUACUCGAUCAUAUACCAUGACUUGCGCUUCCACAACCACACACCACAUAUCCUUGGAUCCGCAUACAUUCUUGGAGGCACGGCAGAGCACCUGAACAACAUCUACGAGAAGGAAGCAGAGGGCCUGGAGCCAUGGCAUGAUGCACCAGCGGAAAUUACAAGUGAUGACUGGAGGGACUUUUUAGGCAAGAGAGAAUAUCAGCGCGCCUUUGUGGACUUUUUCGAGGACCAGCUCGUGCUCAGACGAUACGAUAUCCAGCAGGUGCUUGAGGAGUAUCUUUUGGGUGGGAAGAACCCUCUGAUCAACGGCAUGAUUUCUGGACUCGCACACCCACUCAUCCACCUUGGAUACGCCUACGAACUUGGAUCGACGACCGUUGCCAUCGAAGCCCUAGCGCUGGGUGCAUGCUUCUAUAGCCCGCUCCACAACUACAUCGACGAUAAAUCGUACACCAGACCAAGUCCACAUCAAAGCACAGACCUGCGCAAGAUCCUUGACAAAGUUCGGCAGGACAGCCGCUUCGAUAGUCUAUACCCACACCGAAGCGGCGACAUCUCGAAGGUGCUGGAGAAGCAAGAGGAGGCGUUCUUGGGGUACUGGAAUGCUUGGGAGCUGUCAGAUCCACAAACGGCGUUUCGGCAAUCGCAGGAGCUCGCAGUCACUCUACUGAUGGGCACUGAGGCACUGGAGGACACGAAGUUUGACUUCUUCCUUGUUCACGUCCUCACGUCAUCCCAUGCAGUACGCGUGCUGCUUCCGUUAGUCCCAGCAAAAUUCCACAUCAACCUGGUGCGACAGUGGUGGCUGUUCACAUUAGCCGUGUACAUCGCGCAGACACGACCUCAGAUCGAUACUACCAUCAUCGAGAAGUACGACCUGAAGGGUCGCGACUGGAAAUUUGUUGUACACAAGGCGCUCGACUCAUCUGAGUCUACAGAUGCACACUACGUCAAAGCAUUGCGAUGUAUGAAGAACAUCUCGGAGACAUGGGGUGACGAAUCACAGUAUUUCGAAAAGGCGGCAGUCAAAUUCGCAGACGAGUUUGAGCAUUGGGGUGGGUUCAGUACUGAGGAAGAUGCUACUAAUCUGGCGUACCCUGAAAAGCAAUGAGCUCGCCAUGGAGGGAUCCGGAAUCCGAUCGGCCGCUGUCUACACCCUGAUAUCUAUGGAGACCUACAAAUAUUGCGGCACUCUUAACAGGAUUUGGUCGACAAACAUAGAUGGCUACAAUUGAGUUGACUGGUUGGCAGACGGCUAUGACGGAGUUGUGAUCAUGAGGGUGUUUGGUAGUGGAGAUCCUUCGAUCCAGACCUGUAAUUGACACGAAUAGCUACACCGCAGAAUGCAUCAAGCGCUGAUAGGCAUGGGAAAUGUGCCAUGUGGGACAUGGGAAUAGACCUGGACGCAAGCCUCUUGGCCCUGACUGUUCCUGUGAUGCAAGGGCCGGCAGAUCGGGGAUCGAAACUCGACUCCCUGUACGUUAUCGCGAUUCGUUGGAGGCCUUGGGCUUAUGCACACACUUCGCACAAGCACUUUGUCAG